AUGCAAACCACCAAUGGUGGCAGCGGGGGUGUUGUCAUUUGUCUCGGCGUAGGGGGUUUGGUUGAUCUGGGCGAGGUGCUGGCCCUGAGUAACCCCGAGGACGAGGAGGAAGAUAUGGGAGGCGUGGAGAUCUGGGUAUUUGACGCGCGACGGCCGUGGAACCUGGGGAAUGUCUUUGGUGGACAAUCUGGCAUGGGUAACGACAUGGCUGACAUCGACGUGAAUGCGCGACAGCGAGGACGUGGCGUCGAUAAAGGGUGUAUCACUCCUGCUUAUACGUCGAAAAAUGGCGGCAUUGUCGUGUACGACGACGGAGAUAUCGAGGAAGAGCUGAGCAGCGAACGAGAAGCAUACUACGCGUUACUGGAAAUGCCAGAUGUAGAUGAUGACGAUGAUGAUAUGAGUGGUGAUGGAUCAGAAGACGAAACACAACCAGGAUCGAAAAAGCGCAAAUCCUGGUCAGGCCGCGAAGAUGAUGAAGAUUCCGAAGCCGAUGAGCCGCCCCAUCAACGGAGGAGAAGCAAUUCAGGAUCCUCCAUCACUUCGUCUCCAACACGACGCAGGAAAACUGGGAUCAAUUCUUCGAACUCGUCGCGAUCUGUAACGCCAACCACCGACUCGCCAUCACCAGCUGAGGCGAAACAACCCUCAGCGCGGUCAUUAAAGAAACGUUUACUUAAUCUCAAGCGAAGACAUGACUCUGUUCUACAAGCCUAUUAUUCGUCUGGGACAUCAUACUCCGAACCCAUUUCGUCCCUGGUCUAUUCUCUGGCAUCUGAGCUCGGACGAGAUGAUAAUGAUCUGUUGUGGCUCGCUAUUGUCGGUGUCUCUAGUUUGGAACUCAGUGGCCGGACAAUGACCGGAGUAGGAAUUUCAAACACAUCAGAAUCUGGAGGAUCAGCAGGCUGGGGUGGCCAACGUGGUGAACACAUACGACAAAUACUUCGCGAUGAGGUGCAUCGUUUGAACCCGCCCGAUCCUCAAGAAUCAAAUCGUGACAUCCGAGGAGAGAUAAACGGUGUCAUUCCCACAACUGCGAGGUCACCAACUGAUACAUCGAUUCGUCUUUCUCCCGAGCCACGAUUCCUCCUUGUCAGGCACUGGUCACUAUAUGAGAGCAUGCUCCACAGCCCAUACCUUGCUCCGAGGCUACAUGUCUGGACUGAAAAUGGCCGCAAGCGACUUCACAAAUUUCUGGCCAAGAUGGGCAUCAGUCUGACCCAGUGCCAUCAAUACUAUACACACAUGGACAUGGAAUUGAAGCGUGCGCUACGAGGGCGUCUGCUCAAGUACGCUCCAAUGUAUGGCCUAGAUGGACUGGUGCCUUCCGAGGGAGCCGGGAGUCCUAGUGCUCGCGAGGGCUGGGGAUUCGUGCGUUGCUGGGGCUGGAAGGCGUGUCUCUCAGCCACAGACGUGGGUGUUAUCGUGGGUGCAAUGCUGGAAGUUGGGCCACACGAGACUACAGCUUCCUGGGAUACCAAACGUCUACCACGUCCACGCGAUGAUACAGAAAAUGGCGGAAUAUCGGGCGAAUCUGACCUGUCCAGUCUACUACCUCGAUUCUGGAGUGCAUACGACGCCCUUUCAUUAACGUCAGAAUCACCCACGAUUCUUCUAGAGUCUCUACCUCUAGCCCAACAUUUACACCGUGCUAUUCUUCGUACCGGUACCUCCUUGCUCUCGAAGCACCAAAUCCGUCACCUUCGAGCCUUCCGCAUUGCUGUGGUCAAAGAUGGCCCCGAUGUCAAACUCUUCACAAACCCUGGGGCUUUGACCAAAUUGGCCCUCUGGAUCGCUGAGGCCAUCCGAGUCCAAGAGAAAGAGCGUGGCGACUCAGUCAAGAUCGGUCGCAAACGAGCUGCUGGAACUCCUCUUGUCCUUGCUGGUCUCGAUGAAGACCGUGAUCUCUACGUAGUCGUCGGCACUGGUGGCGGCGGUGGUGUUGUCGACUUCGCUGCCAUGUCCAAGCGCCAGGAGGAACGGAAGAAAAAGAAAGAGGCCAAGGAAAAGAAACAAAAAGAGCGAUCAGAGCGUCGGUCCAAGCGAGCAGCCGAACGUGCCGAGCGAGAAGACGGUACCGGUGCCGAAGACGAAGAGUCUGAGGAAUCCGAGUCCUCGUCGGAGUCGGAGUCGGAGGACGAGGAGGAUCCGCGCGGAAAGAAACAUCUUCUUCGCAACCGGUUCGGCAUUGCCUUCCAAGAGGUGGUUCAAGAGACCAAUGCUCGUGUCCGCAUUGACAGCUUCGAACACUGUGUUGUCGAGGUCCAAAAGGACGACCUCGGUGGCUUCCUCGAAUCAUUGAGUUUCCGCAGUGUGGUGGGUUAA